AUGCGCAUAUUCUUUCGAUUUUCGCCGCAAGCUCCGAUCCAAGUAUAUGAGCUCAACACCGUUACAUACGGACUAGCACCUUCCUCGUUUCUGGCUACACGCACACUUAUCCAACUAGCAGAGGAUGAAGGGACUGAGUAUGCGCUUGCACCUGCAGCCCUGAAACGAAACUUUUACGUGGACGACUUCAUUGGUGGUGCCAAUAACGUUCGCGAAGCUGUUCAGCUGCGUAAGGAGUUAUCAGCGCUACUUGCCAAAGGUGGGUUUGAGUUGCACAAGUGGACCUCAAACAAUCUGAGCGUACUCUCCGGCUUAAGCACCGAGUAUAUCGGCACACACUCAUCGCUGCAUUUUAUACCCAACGAGACGGUCAAAGCACUCGGCAUCUCGUGGAAGCCUGAAUCGGAUGAGCUGUGUUUUGAAUCCAACACUGAGGCUGAUGAAGCCACGUCGACCAAGCGAUCUAUUUUGUCGAGCAUUGCCAAAAUGUACGAUCCGCUCGGAUUGAUAGCACCGGUGAUCGUGCGUGCUAAGAUGCUGAUGCAGGAGCUAAGGCUACUCAAAUUCGGCUGGGAUGAACCUGUUCCUAAUCACAUCUAUGCAACAGUAGAAUUCCACACAUUUACCGAUGCUUCGGAGGCCGCCUACGGAGCAUGUGUUUACGCUCGUUGUGAAAACGCGGCGGGAGAAGUCCGCAUCAGCCUAUUAGCUUCGAAGUCUCGAGUGGCACCACAGAAGCGCGUCACGUUGCCGAGGCUUGAACUAAGCGCAGCUGUCCUGGGCGCCCAUCUGCAUCAUCACGUCAAGGAGGCAAUGCAGAUCGUGUGCGCCGAAUCGUUUUUCUGGUCCGACUCAACAGUGACGCUAAAAUGGAUUGCGUCACCUCCCAACUCCUGGAAGACGUUCGUGGCAAAUCGAGUAGCUGAGGUGCAACACUACUCUCAUCCAAGGCAAUGGAGGCACGUUCCUGGCACAUCCAAUCCUGCUGACUUGGUUUCCCGAGGCAUGUCGGCAGCACAUUUCACGCAGAAUCAGCUUUGGAAUAACGGUCCAGAUUGGCUUGUGCAACCUUCGUCCCAUUGGCCUAGCUCAGAUCCAGAACCAAGCGAUGAGGCGGACCUAGAAACACGCCAGGCGAGUGCCGCUUUAGUUUGUACACUAACUCAUCCAUGGUUUGGCAUUUCUUCAUCCUUCACCAGAAUGGUACGCAUCAUUGCAUACUGCAUACGGUUUGUGCGCAACACCAAGCAGAAGGCGCGAUCCCAGCGACCGAUACCGCACACCAACGUAUCCAAGACGAUCACGCCCAAGUACGUGGAUGCUGCAAAAACUGUGCUUUGUAGACUAGCCCAGCAAGAUGCAUUUUCCGCGGAAAUCAAGCAGCUAAAAAAGGGAGAAGCAUUGAUGAAACAAUCACCUUUACGAAAACUUACCCCAUUCCUGGAUACAGAAGAAGUAAUACGGGUGGGAGGACGAUUGAACUUGUCGCAACUACCGUAUCAGUCCAAGCAUCCAGCUGUUCUACCGAAGAACCACAAAUUCACUCGUCUACUUGCGGAAGAUUAUCAUGAAGAGAUGAAACAUGCUAGUGGAAGGCUAUUGCUAUCCCGCAUUAGAGAGCUGUAUUGGCCACUGGACGGACGUCGCUUAGUAAAAAGCAUUGCAAGGACUGCUUCCGCUGUGUUCGGCAAGAUCCCGCACUCGCACGGCAGCCGGUUGGCCAGCUUCCACCAUCCCGCAUCACACCGAGCCGACCGUUUUCUGUAA